UAAACCCCAUAGUGUACAAUUUGGACCACGAAGUAAUCUGCAAUACGCAAACACCACACUUUUUGUGAUUUUCGUGCGUUUCUGUUCGAUCGUACGUGGGUUGAUGAAAGCAUAACAGAAUGGUAUGGAAAGCGUGUCGUUCGCUUUGAACGUGUCCCACUACGCCCGAGAUCGGGAACUGCGACUUCUGCGAAUCUAGUACGCAAUCACAAAACUUAUUGUAGCAGCCGGUGUAUGCCGUGUAGUGGAGCAAUUUUUUUCCCUCAACAUUUGCAAUAGAAUGAUGUUGAAUGUAGCUGCACAUUCGCUGCUUGCGCAAUCCAGUUCGCGAUUCCUGAUGAGAUUAUCGCGGCACUACCAACAUUGGGCGCUCGGCUGUACUGUAUGUUUCUGUCGACAAGAAUCGCAAUACUUCUCCGGUCGACAACUGGCGCGGUUCCGCGGUACCGCGUACCGGUUACACCAACCGAACGUGCGGGGCAGCAUCUACGAUGGCAACGAACCAUAUUUCGACCUUUCACCGACUUGUACCGAUCGCUGGAACGCUGGCUCCCCUUUCUACCGCUGUUAUUCCUCUGACCCAAAGAAGGAGAACCACCGGUAUGAGAUAGCUGUAAAAUCGGUGGAAAGAGCUGAGCUGUUACAGACUGUCCUGUUGAAAAACAAAAGAUUGCUGCAAGAAAAACGCGACGUUCUAGUGCGCGACAUCCGAGAACGGAAGGAAAAGGUAAAGGAGCGCGUAGAGGAGGUGAUUGAACGAGAGAACGUGGCCACCCUACCGAAUCUACUCUGCAUAGGUCGUAUUAUUGCUUCGCCCUACCUCGGCUACCAGAUUGUGCAGGGCGAUUUUCGGUUCGCUAUGGCAAUUUUGGUUGUGGCGGGGCUCACUGAUCUGGCAGAUGGCUGGAUAGCGCGUCAAUGGCCAAAUCAGGCUUCUCGGCUUGGCUCAUUUCUCGAUCCGAUGGCAGACAAAAUCCUAGUUGGUGUAAUGGUUGCGGCAAUGUCGUACAUUGGCCACUUGCCCAUCUGGCUAACGGUCAUGGUACUCUUUCGCGACGUGUUUCUCAUCGGAGCUGGGUUCGUCAUCCGCUACAUUAGUCUCCCGCAACCACGCACCUUGUCCCGGUACUUCGAUGUAACGCAUGCUACGGCUCAACUAGCGCCCACCUUCAUUAGCAAACUGAACACUGCCGUGCAACUAGUCAUGGUGGCCGCUACGCUUGGUGCUCCGAUCUUCAGUUACAUCGAUCACGCAUAUCUGCACGGGCUAUGGUACCUAACGGGAUUCACCACAGUUGCCGCAGCUGUGAGCUACCUCACCAACAAGGAUACGUACAAGAUAUUGCGAAAAAACCCUUAGAGACACCGAACUACCUCGAGUCUACGCGAGCUAAAUAACGACAAUGGAUGCAGAUUGGUCACUCUGCCAAUCUGCCAGACAGGUCACCCACAAAACCACGUGGAUGUCCCCGGAUGGAGCUACUUCAAAUAGAUCGAGCGUCGACAUCAACCGAGUCUGCGCAACGUCAGGACCUAUAGAGGGACCAACAUCGACUCAAAUCAUUACCUCGUUGGCGAUUCUGGUGAUUUUAUGUAAAAUAACUAACCCCAGUACAGCGGGCGCGAACAAUGCGCAGACUUAGAACAACGGACUCCUGCUCUUCUACGAAAAAAAAUUAAAUUAAUUUGAAAAGUAAAUGGUACAUUCACCGUUCAUUCGUUACAUUAUGCAAUGAUUCUCGAAGAGAAACAAUAGGAAAGAAAUUGUUAUCAUAUAUUCAUAUAUUUUCUCAGAACAUCGUUUUUCGACCGAAUUUGUGUCCUAACGAACAAACCAUGUUCGGAAAGAUUAUUUGAGUUUUAUUAUUCGUGUUCUGCCUUUUGAAAACAUUUAUUCAUAGUAUAUGCUGCCUAAAUAGUAUCUAGAUGAAUAGAUGUAAUAUUUAUAAAGUCUGUGAAGUUUCACGGACGUACAAUAGCUGUCUCUAUUUAAAUAAAAUUAAAUUAAAUUUCCGUAAUUAGUGUAUAUAUUAAAGAUUAAAAAAUACGCCAUGAGCACUCUCACAUCUUCAUACAUAAACUUAAUUGUUAGAGAUUACAAGAAGAAUUCCACUCUCUUAAAUUUUGUUAAUUUUACACGGGAGUUGAAUGUUAAAUGUUAAAUAACUAUUACGGAAAUAAAACUAUGAUUAAA